UACAUUUUACAUAUGGGUGGUCCUGGGAGUCAAACCCACUACCGCGGCGUUACAAGUGCCAUGCUCUACCAACUGAGCUACGAAGGACCACAUGUUUUCAGAACCCACAUGUUGAAGUUUUACACUGGCUGGGAUAAUGCUAUCUUACGCUGUUUGCACUGUAAUUAAGAGGUGUAAACAUUUAGGAGCAGCCAUGUGAAUAGAGUGUGUGUGUGUGUGUGUGUGUGUGUGUAUUUGUGUGCGUGCGUGCGUUUGAUGAGUUUGAGAAAAAAAUACACAUUUAAACAUGCAACCAAGUGCAUGGAGAAAAAGUUGAGAAAAAAACUAUGUGUGCGGAGUGGGUUUGCCCAUCACUUAUUGACACGUCUUGUUCCAACAGCUCCCUCCCAAGUCAGUGAAGUCAUCAAGGAGAGAGUGCAGCAGCGCAGCAUCCAGCUCUCCUGGCAGGAGCCUGAGCAGCCCAACGGAGUCAUCACUGAAUAUGAGAUUAAGUACUACGAAAAAGACCAGAAGGAUCGUAUCUACUCCACAGUGAAGUCCAGAUCCACGUCAGCCACAGUGAACAAUCUGAAGCCCAGCACAGCCUACGUGUUUCAAAUCCGAGCCUUCACCACGGCCGGAUACGGCACCUACGGCCCCCGGCUGGAGGUCACUACCAAGGAGGAGGCCUCAGCAUCCACCAUUGUCUCCAGCGAGCAGAACCCCGUCAUCAUCAUCGCGGUGGUGGCCGUGGCGGGAACCAUCAUCCUGGUCUUCAUGGUGUUUGGCUUCAUCAUUGGGAGAAGGCACUGUGGCUACAGCAAGGCAGACCAGGAAGGAGACGAGGAGCUGUAUUUUCAAUUUAAAUUUCCAGGCACCAAAACAUACAUUGACCCUGAAACCUACGAGGACCCGAACAGGGCUGUCCAUCAAUUUGCCAAAGAGCUGGACGCGUCCUGCAUUAAGAUUGAGCGAGUUAUUGGAGCAGGAGAGUUUGGGGAGGUGUGUAGUGGACGGAUGAAACUCCCAGGGAAACGGGACACGUCAGUGGCCGUUAAAACCUUGAAGGUGGGCUACUCUGAGAAACAGAGGAGAGACUUCCUUUGUGAGGCCAGCAUUAUGGGCCAGUUUGACCAUCCCAAUGUUGUCCAUCUGGAGGGAGUGGUGACCAGAGGAAAACCGGUGAUGAUUGUGAUUGAAUAUAUGGAAAACGGCUCAUUAGAUGCUUUCCUCAGGAAACACGAUGGUCAGUUCACAGUGAUCCAGUUAGUGGGAAUGCUGCGGGGCAUAGCAGCGGGGAUGAGAUAUCUCUCUGARAUGGGAUACGUCCAUCGAGAUCUGGCUGCACGAAACAUCCUUGUCAACAGCAAUCUCGUAUGUAAAGUAUCUGACUUCGGCCUGUCAAGAGUGAUCGACGAUGAUCCCGAGGCUGUCUACACAACAACGGGUGGAAAGAUACCUGUUCGAUGGACAGCAAUGGAAGCCAUCCAGUACCGUAAAUUCACUUCCUCUAGUGAUGUGUGGAGUUAUGGCAUUGUCAUGUGGGAGGUCAUGUCCUAUGGGGAACGGCCUUACUGGGACAUGUCCAAUCAAGAUGUGAUAAAGGCCAUAGAGGAGGGGUACCGCCUCCCUGCUCCCAUGGACUGCCCUCCAGGCCUGCACCAGCUAAUGCUGGACUGCUGGCAGAAAGACAGGGCUGAUCGACCCAAAUUUGAUCAAAUAGUUGGCAUCCUUGAUAAGAUGAUUCGCAAUCCCAAUACCUUAAAAACCCCUUUGGGAACAUGCACAAGACCGAUUAGUCCCCUGUUAGAUCAGAGCACACCAGACUUCACGUCGUUCCGCUCGGUGGGGGAGUGGCUGGAGGCCAUCAAGAUGGAGAGAUACAAAGACAACUUCACCGCCGAAGGCUACAGCUCACUGGAAUCUGUGGCCAGGAUGUCAAUCGAGGAUGUGAUGAGCUUGGGGAUCACUUUAGUGGGACAUCAGAAGAAGAUCAUGAGCAACAUACAGACUAUGAGAGCCCAGAUGCUAAAUCUCCACGGCACGGGCAUCCAGGUGUGAUGAUAGACUACAGUGCCCCCUGUGGACAGGGGGGCAAAGAGCUAUCUAGAGCAGCGCUAGGGCAGAACUUCCCAGGAUAAUCAUAAAAAAUCAUGUGACGUGACGUCGUCUCCUGUGUCUGACUCUUGUUUUUCCGGAUGUUUCGGAAUUAAAAUCAUUCCUUUGUUCCUUGGCAAAGGAUUUAACCCCUCUUUAGAACGGGUACUAAGGAGAGAUUGAGAGAAUACUCCCUGGACAUGAUGCCGCUCUGAGAAACUCAACCACAAAUAGAGAUGGYGCUUUGGAAAAGGAGUUUUAUCCAUAUUACCUUGUUCUUUUAACCUUGUGAAUUUUUMGGGGGGAGGGCACCAUGAAAAUGGAUUUCACUUAAAAAAGAAAAAAAAUCCCCCUGAAACUUUUUUCCCUUGCAGUGUUUAUUUAAAAUAUUUUUUAUUCUAGUUUGUUCAUUUUGUUAGUUUCAGAAGGCACAGUGAUAUGGUGUGAUACGUACAGUAAUCUAACAUUUUUCUUUCGCGUUACAAUUUUUUCUUCCUUUUAUUUUGGACUUGACAACAGGGUAAACGUUCCCAUCCAAAAGGACAGGGAGGAUGAAUAUGGUGUCUGAACAUUUUGGUGGAGAUGAUUUAGAGGUACUUUGACCAGUUUGUCUUGAGACACUACUGCCUGUUUUAACUGUUUGCAGUGAGUUGUGUUUUUUCUCCCUGAUGCUUUUGAAGUGGAAAUGGUAUCCUGCACCUCAGAUCAGUGACUUCAAGGAUAGUAGUAUUCACUUGGUUGUUUCAAGCUUGCAGGAGUGGCUUGUUGUAUGAAUUUUUCUGGAGACAGAUGCUCUUGUUGUAUAAUGAAAACAUUUCAAAUUUGUAUGUAGGAAUUUGCGAAACAGUAUGACACCAACAAGGCAAAUCGAUUUCAGAUUGAUCACAACUUUUAUAUCUAAUAUCAAGCAUCAAAUUGGCAAUGUUUAUGUUUACCACAUUAAUCAUUUUACCUUAUUGUCCAAUAUACUUUCAAUCUGAAAUGUUUUAUUUAAUUAUUUAUUUGAACGUUACCAGACAGCAAUAUAGAAAAGUUGUAUUGAAACUUAAAGAGACUUGAUCCACCGGAAAGGGUUUGAAAUGCCGAAACAAACAUAUUUUUUGUUGUUGCAGCAAAUGGUAUUUGUUUCCUAUUUUGGUGAAUACAGUUGUGGAGGGUGAAUCUAUGAAAGGCUGUGUAUGUUCUUUCUACAAGUAAUUCUCCCUUAAAACUAAUGUAUUCCCAUUAUUUUUAGGCACUUCUAUGGCAAGUUUUUUAGCGAUUCAAUGAGACAGUCUUUUGUAAGGUUGAAUGGACAAGUUCCCUUUUUUCUUUGUGGUAUCCUGUCAUCCUGAACUUGAAUAGAUCAAAUCAAGUGUAUGUACAGUGAUGGCUAACACAGUCAGUGUAGGGUAGAAUAUUGAACAGAGCAAUAAUUAGCCCGGGUGGAAAUGGUCCUCUGAGAUUUUAUGGUGCUUGGUUUUACAGAAAUAUCAGUUGUGCUGGGAACAUUGUUUGGAAACGUUCUGUCACCAACAGGAAAAAGGAAUAUGUAUUGACCUUUUUCCAGUUGAAGAUUACCUGGAUUAUAGGGCUGGGAGGAUAGAUUGGUACAGUACCCCGGAAUACCGAAGUUAUCAAAUAAUGAAAUAGUAAUGUCACUUACGAAAUGGUAUACCGUGACAUGCUAAUGACUUAAUAACAAUGUCACAGAGUAUGAGUAUGUUUGGAAUAUAUGGCUGUUACAGUGGAGUGAAAUGACAUUCAACCAGCGGAGAGUCGCACAUAUUAGUCAUGACAUCAUCCUUUCCAUUGCAGCACACUAGAUUUGCAGGCGUUCAGUUCGGUGCGAGGUACCUACAGUAACUAAUAUUAUCAUAAUAUAUUGAAAAUCCUGAUACUCCUUAUUAUGAUGCUCAUACUGUGAAAAUCACAUACCCUCCCAGCCCUAGCUGGUCAGGAGAGCUAGUCACAUGUUUAUUAAUGUGUCUCUGCUCAAACCUUUCCAGGAAAACAGAGUGAUGUAACAUGCAUAAAAGUGUUUUCUAGGCUUUUUUUCUUAACUUACCUGGCCCUUCGUAUGUUAAUCACGGCACAGGGAUAAGGAAUGGGCUCUGCAAAGAUGUGCUAAAGAGCCAACCUAAUGGUGCCAUCGCAGUCUUCUCUUUCUACAACAAAAUGAAUGUUAUCACGUUGAAUAUGUCUCCAGCAUUGUAUACUCUGAUGGUUGAUUCACUCAUUUCUUUGUCAUUUAAAGUAAGGAAAAUAUAGGUAUUUCCAAUUGCAAUUAUAUCCAAGGCUGUCUUUAUGGACUGAUCAUAGAUUCAGAUUUUUAAAGCUGCAGCUUUUCCCAAUGGUUUAUUUAAGACGCCUUUCAAUAUGCCUGUAGAGAAUGAAUUGGUCUUCAGAAAACCAACCUUGAAACACUAUCAUGGACUAUGGCUGCAAGCUUAGUUUUUAUAAAGCCAUUAGUGACUUUGUCUAUUUUUUCCUAGAUUAAUUUCCAUUGUCGUUCACGGUCCAA